ACGAGAUGGCUGAAGGGCAAAGAAAAUCACGAAAGAGACGAAGUGAAAGUGAUUCAGUAGCAGAGACUCUAGCAAAGUGGAAGAAAUUGAAUGAUGAAGUUGAUUCCGAAAAAGAUGGAAAAGUGGUGCGUAAGGUUCCAGCCAAGGGCUCGAAAAAGGGGUGUAUGCGAGGAAAAGGCGGCCCUGAGAACAUGAAUUGUAAAUAUAGAGGUGUGAGACAAAGGACUUGGGGCAACUGGGUUGCCGAAAUUCGGCAACCGCUUAAUCGGUUUUGUGCACUAGCAAAAAAUAGGAGUCGGCUUUGGCUUGGUACUUUUGGCACUGAUGUUGAAGCAGCUCAUGCUUAUGAUAAAGCUGCGAGGGCUAUAUAUGGUCCUUUGGCCCGGGUUAACUUCCCUGAGCAUGUUGUGGAUUCAAUGCCUUUUGAUACAUCUAAAACCUCAUCAAAUCAGGUUAAAGCAUCUAAUAACACUGAGAUUGUUGAGGAACUGAAGGAAAAACAAGACUGUUUUGAGGUUUGUGUGUCCGAUAAACCAAAAGAGGAAACAAAGUUAAAUCAAGAAAAUUGUGAGAAUUUUGUAACCCACAAUUUGAAUGAGAAACCUGAUUGCUUUGAGGAUUAUAUUCCACUCCAGUUUCAGGAGUCAGCAGCUGACUUGCAUGGGAGCUCAAAUCAUAUGCAAGAGUCACACUUAGGUGUGGAAUACAGCUUGGAGUGUAAUUUUGACUUAAAGGAACUGUUGUCAGAUUUAGAAGGAGUUAACAGUCUAGAUAUAUUGAGUAUGAUCUAUUGA